AUGCAGGCACCGGGCCCCUCGCAGCGCUCUUUGCGACGGUCUCCAGGUGCUGAGCCUGGACCUCCUCCAAAUGUUCCUGUACGGUCCAUCUCGCCAGCUGUCGGUCUCCCAUCAAGCGUGCAGCCCCGAUCAUCAACAGCAUCGUCAAGAUCAAAUCAUUCGAGUCAUAGCAAUGAAAGAAAUAGCGGGAACCCUAAAAGGCCAGGUACCAUGCCUCAGACUUCAUCAAGUGGAAGUGCCUCCUCCGUGCCCCUAUCUCAAAUCGAAAAGAGCGUGACGCAUCUCCUCGUCGCCACGAAACAACUUCUCGAGACUUUAACACAAUGGUCGCGCGGCCAGGCCACAGACACGCAGGUGUCGGACGUCUACGUCAGGCUGGGCUAUGAGUUCAACAUGGCGUGCCGCGCCUUCACAGCCAUUAAUGUCGACACGUCCGACCUCGGAAACGUCCCCGAGCUCCUACGAAAUAUUCUUGAAGCUACGCUGAGCCAGGAGGCAAGCACCGAGAGCCUCGAGAAGUACCUUCCACGCAUAAGAGACAUCAUAAUCAAUUUGCUGCACGGCCUGAAGAGGAAACAGCAAAAAUUACGGCAAAAGUCAUCACGAGACAAGGAGAACGGCGGUGAGCCCUCACUCGGGCGCGUGACGAGCACAACCACCAAUGGAACCAACUCGGGACUGUCCAAUCUGAUAGCUGAGGGUCUGGACAAUGGCUUCCGGCCGGCUAGCCGUCUUGGACCGGAUGAGGGCCCGAGCAGGGGAAGUGGCUCUCCUCGCAGGUUUCAGUCCCAGCGAGACGAUACUCGCGUGACUGUUGCUUCCGAAAAGUCUUCUCUAUCGAGCGAUACAAUGCAGAACCUCCCAGUCGUUCCUCCGUACCCACCAGAAGAGUCCAUGCCGGCUGGCUCCCGUCCCGAGGAGCUCGAUUCGUUCCCACCGCCGCCUCCUCCACCCAAAUCGUCCACUCAAAGCGCCUUGGCGGCACUGCAGAGAGGAGGAGAUCUGGAGCGUCGAGCCUCGCGAAGAUACUCCGCCUAUCAGAUCUCGAAGCAUCUGGGCAGUGGCGCCAAUGGCGUGCCCAUGCUGCCUUCGCAGAACACACCGAUACCCAAUCGUGGGAGGGGUGAAGUGAGGGAGUCGUUGCGGGCGGUUCAAAUACGGGAAACAUUACGAAAGGACAAGAAGAGCGAAGGCUCGAGCGGCCACAAGGCCACAGCAUCCGAAUCACCAGUACGCGUGCCGAGCCGAGUCUCUGAAGAAAAGGAUGAGUCGUCAAGGCUGGAAAGCCCGGCGGCGACGCAGCCGCCUGAAGAACAAUAUAGGCCGAGUGCAACCUUGAACGGCCCCCUCCCGGACGUUGUUCCAAGUAUCGCCACGGGAGACGAGGAGACUACGGCAAAGGCCGAACCCCAGACGGAGCCGGCGCCCGUUCCGGAGAAACCCGCAACACCAACAGCGGAAAAGCAGGCCUCGAGCUUCAUGCUCGACUCGUCACCUCCGGGCACACCCUCCAAGGACCUCACGCUGUUCCUGCAGUACAAGUCCAAGGUCAAGAAAUUUGUGCUACCAGGUGGACACAGCGAGCUAUCGAUCGGGAGGUUGCAGCUCGCCUUUAUCGAAAAGUUCUCCUGGAAUACCCACGCCAACGGCGCGGAUCUACCCGAGAUUUAUAUCCAGGAUCCCGUCUCCGGGGUACGGCACGAGCUUGAGGAUUUGUCGGACAUCAAGGAUCGGACUGUGUUGGCCUUGAACGUGGAGGCGCUGGACGAGAUCAAGAAGCACGUUGACGAUGGGUUAGGCUCCAUUAAGCACCUCAUCGAGACCGUGAAGGUCAAUGUCGAUGAGCAGAGCGCGGCUCUGCAGCGGGUCUCGGAGCGUCAGUCAGAAGCUGCCAAGGAGAUUGCGCGACUCGCAGCUGCGCCUCCCACGCUGCCAUCCGACUCGCCCAGGUCUACCAGUGUUGGUCCGGGACGCAAGCUGAAGGGCGGCCAGUCAGGCGAGAUCCAAGGCCUGCGUAGAGAUCUCGCGGUGCUCCGGCAGACCUACACUAACUUCCAGGCCGAGGUGGAGGACUCGAUGAACACACUGCGCAAUAAGGCAAACUCGGUCAAGGCUGCCGCCGCCAAGGCUUCCCUUCCGGACGUCGAAGGAGGUUCCGGCUAUGCUUACGUGUCUAAGGGCCGGAAGCAGCUCAACACCGACUCGGAUCGCCUUGUCAACAAGGUCGAUGAUCUUCAGGAUCUGGUGGAGGAUCUCCGCAAGGAUGUGGUGCACCGUGGUGUGCGCCCACGUCCUCGACAGCUCGAGACUGUGGCCAAGGACAUACAGGCGGCCAUGAAGGAGCUCAAGAAGAUGGAAGAGUACAUGAAGCGCGAGAAGCCCGUGUGGACCAAGAUCUGGGAGAAGGAGCUCGAGGACGUGUGCAACGGCCGUGACGAGGUGAAGCUGAUGGAAGACCUGAUGGCCGACCUGCAGGAUGAUCUCGAGAAGGCCAGCGAGACAUUCGCCCUCGUAGAGCAGGCCACCAAGGAGCAGAUGAAGGAUGUCAAUGCCGGCAGCACCAGUCCCACUAUCACCCGCCAGUUCUCCCGAGGGCUGACCCACAUUGCCACCAACAUCAGCGUGGACCCUAGCGAAGCCAAGGAGGGGGUCUUGGGCGAGGUGCGGGCUCUGCAGCCCAACCACGAGGACCGCAUGGAGGCUAUCGAGAGGGCAGAAAAGCUCCGCCAGAAGGAGCUCGCGACACGCAGCGAGAAUCCAAUCAAGAAGGAGCUGGUCGCCUUUGUAUCAGAGGGCAAGCUCAAGAAGAGCGGCGGUUUCGAAGAGGUCGAGAGGACCCGCAAGGCAAAGGACGACAUGAUCCGGAAGCAAGUCUGGGAGAGAAUGAACGGGGUCGCGGCUGACGAUGUCGGCGGCGAGGGAGAAUACCCCGAGGCAGACGAUUUUGACGAUGCCGAGAUGGCAGAGGAGGAUGAGGAAGGAGAAGAAGGUGUGGAAGGGGAGACGGCCGUCGAGGACGCCGAGGAGCCCGAGGCGCACGCUGAAGGAGAGGCUGAGGAGAAACCAGCUGCUUGA